AUGGUAAGUACGGAAGAAAAAAAAGUACCGAUUGAAAAAGUCGCUCAAGUUACUUCGGACACUUUGACUCAACAUGCAAAAGAAAUCCACGAUCUCCAAGAAUCUAUAAAAAGUCUUCAAUCUCAAUUAGCUGACAUACAUGAACUGAGAGAAAUGGUCGCAGACAUUCAACAACAUUUUACCUCACCCAAUCCUGAAUCUUUACCUACUACAAAGGUCAAUCAUCACACUCCUACAGUACCCACACGUCAAUCGACUGAUCUGAAUACACCUUCUACCCAUUACAUCUCACCUACAACUCUGGGCACACAAACUAUUGUUGUCCCGCCUAUCUCUUCCUUUCCAACAUUUUCGGGAAAAUCAACGGAUAGACCGAGGCAAUUCUUAUUACGUGUCACAGAAUAUACACGAACUAUUCAUAACUGGUCUAUUAACACGUUAUUGCAGGGAAUUUCUCAGUUUCUAAAGGAUGCAGCUCUCGAAUGGUACUGUCAACUCUAUAAUACAAACAGCUUACCCGAAACGUGGGACGAGUUUGUCACACAGUUUCUGGCACAAUUUCAUUCACCACUUCGCAUCGCACAACAGGAACACAAAUGUGACGAAUUCUGA